AUGGCUAACCAGUCUGAGGUUGUCGUGUUUGAACUCAUUGGUUUCCCAGGCCUUCCUCAGAAGUAUCAUAUUUUUGUCUCUGUAAUAAUGUUCAUUGUGUAUUUUGUUGCAUUGUUGGCUAAUUGUACUGUUAUUGCAUUGACGAUGUGCAAUGUGAAAUUGCAUCACUCGAUGUAUAUAAUCAUCGCCAAUCUUGCAUUGUCUGACUUACUGUUUGACUCAAUAACUUUACCUAAAAUGAUUGCCAAGUACUGGUUUGGAGAUGGAUCUAUAACCUUUGCAGGAUGCAUGUUUCAACUCUUCUGCGUCCACUACUUGGGAUCCGUGGACUCUUUUAUCAUCAUGCUCAUGGCGGCUGAUCGUUAUGUUGCAAUUUGCAUGCCUCUCAGAUAUUCUUCUGUUGUGACUAACAAACUUACUAUGUAUAUGUGUAGUCUUUUAUGGAUGCUUGCUUCGAUAUAUGCUUCCAUUAAUGCAAUCUGGUAUUCAAGUUUUCCAUAUUGUCACUCUAGAAAAAUCAACAAUUGCUUCUGUGUCAACAUGGCUGUCAUGGUUCUGGCAUGCGGAGAUAUAAGCCUACUUAAACAAACAUCAUUCUAUGUUGCAAUGGCUAUACUGCUUUUCCCACUGGCAUUUAUUAUUUUUUCAUACAUUAUUAUUAUUAUUGUAACAAUUUAUUCAUCGGUUCGAAGUGAAAACCUUCAAAAAACAUUCUAUACUUGUACAACACAUCUGUUUAUCAUUGCCAUGUACUUUGGCCCUCGUAUGUUCAUCUAUACAGCUUAUUACAUCAACUUAGUCUUUAGUCUAGAUAUGAGUGUAUUGAUUCUUUUACUUUACACAUACAUUCCACACAUGGCCAGUCCGAUUAUAUAUUGUCUCAGGACCAGGGAAAUUAUGCAGAUUGUUGAAAAGAUUUUCACAACACUACCAAAAAUUUUAAUGUAG